CAAUACCUUUCUUCAAGACAACUGUUGGAAUCAUAACUAUUGUGGCUGGAUGUCUGGCUGUGAUGCUAGCGAUUGUUGCUGUUGUUAUCUGGAGAAAGCGUGCAAAGAAAAAACGACGGAUGAUAGAAUCACGUGAACCUCAUUUAAGGCCAAAGAGAGGCCUAACUGAUGGAGAAGUUGCCUUCUACAAAGGCAAGGUGAAGCAAAACAAGAUGGUAGCCCCUUUAAUGACGGACGAUCAAAUCACUGCUCCAAAUGGAAAACGAUUCGAUGGAAGAGCCGUUGAUCCAGUGACAGGAAAGGUUUAUCUCUUCAACAAAACAACAGGCGAGCGCAUGUGGCUCCAAGACAUUCGCGAUGAUAGAAAUGGUCCCCAGUCCGUUUAUGGUAACCGUAACGUGCAGUCGAGGCUUGGAGAGUCGCAUCAUAGAGUUCAGGACUUACCUCCACCCCGUGCGUCAAUAUUGACAGUGCACGAGCGUGAUAACAGAGGCAGCCGUCUUCAGUUACCAGGGACGCCAGAGGGGCGUUCAUAGAUUGCGUGACAAUUUGUCGCAAAAUUACGUGAUCCGGUGUCACGCUAAUUAAUUAGUGUUAUCACUGAACAUGAUUCCAGUUCGAUGUAAUAUCCGUCAUGGAUGCCUGGUGCCUUAAUCAAACUGGUAUCUAGUUAGCUGGUCUUUCAAGAAAUGGCAGGCCCAUGAUAUUCAUACAGUAAAAACCUUUCAUGAUUAUUCUUAAGCUUAGAGGAUAGAAAAAUUUAUAGAAGUGUUUCAUUUUUUUAGAAUUAAUUUAUAUUAAAUUUAGAUAUCCAAGCGGUGCAGAAACUCUUAGAUAAAGUGACCACUGCUACCUCGUUGUUCCCGCCAAAUUGAGACGUGUUUAAAUACCUGCUCAAUUGUUUUUAUACAAAACCUUUUCCUUGUACGAAUGGUGUGAAUUAACUAGGGAUGGUGAUUAGAUGGUGUGAUAUUUAGGGUAAAAAGUUUAACUUAACGUUUUCUUAUCGGCCAUAUGCCCUUUUGUGCUAGCUAAGCACGAAGAUGAUUAAGUAAAGAUAACCACAGAUAAUUGGCAGAAUGCAUACGCACAUACAAAAAUCCUCAUUCUUGAUCAAUCCAUGCGUCAAAGAAUUUCUGGAAAAUCAACGUUCACAUAAAACUCGUUUUCCUAUGAACAGUGUGCUCUAUAACAAGUAUAACAGAGAUGAGGGUAGGCUGCGAGCAGGCUCACCUUUGGGUCACACGCGCGAGUGGCCGCUCCAUUACGCGCUCGCAGCUGCGCCGCGCGCGCUUGUGCUCCAACGUGAGCCUGCUCGCAGGCUAAGGUGAAGGCAAUUUAAAACUUUCCUUUGCUUUUAUCUGUGACCAUAAAUGUGUGAAUUUUCUCAGUACUUCGCGAAACGAAGAUAGAAGGGGUUGUCGAUCACGUUAUUCUCUUCAAAAAAGGAAUUUUGUUUAAUAUAUUAUAAAUGUCAAGUGAGAACCCGCUGUGAAAAGAGAGUGACUGACAAAUAAAUAGUUCUGAGACUGACAAUC